UACAGCAUCCUAAAAUCUCAAGUGUUAAUGCAAUAAAAAAAAUAAAUAAAAGAUGAAAAUCAACCUUCUACAUUUUAACUUAGUCAAUUGAGAGUUAACAAGAUAAAAGGGUACAAUUCUACAACACCCUAACCCCGAAAGUUCUGAAUCGGUUCAGUGGAUUUUUAAUUAGUCCAGCGAGGCAAACAGUGCGAGAUUAUACCAAAUGAAAAGUACAUAAGAACUCGUAAAGGAAAAAAAUCCUGAUAGAAAAAAAAAAGAAAAAAAAAACUGAGACAAUCUUCCCCCGUGCGUGACCACCCUGGGCGAGGACACGUGCCUUCACCCAACCUCAGUUUCGGCUCAAGUUUUAAUUGGACCCCAAAACCGGUUUCACUAAUCUACGCAAGUCACUGUCCUCCUCCCGCUUGACACUCAGAUUGCGCGGGGAGAGAAACGGAGACGGAUAGAGAAAGAGAGAAAAAGUGAGAGCGAGAGCGAGAGAUAAAAAUAUAAUCGUGCAGGACUGCUGAAAUACUGUCCACCCGUCACCACAAUACGACGCGGAAAUAAAGGAGUGCCAGCCAGCGAGAGGAGGCGCAGCAGUGAGGGGAGGUGAGGGGAGGGGGAGUGACCGAGGUGUCUCCCCUCACACACACCUCCCUGUCACCUCGUGAAAGUCAUUAAGGAGGCCAGGUGACCACCGGUACCCCCUCCUGAGGACAUGUAGACCCCCACGUGCAGGUGCCCAGGUGACCCAGCAAGGCACAAGGUCACCACAAAGGAGAAGGUCAACCGGACUUCAGGGCACAGGCAACUGAGAUGGCGGUGGUGGCGUGGUGGUGGUGGCAGCGAGCGGCGGCAGUGGUGGUGGUGGUAGCGCUCUCCAUCACCCCAGAUCCUGCCCUCGCGUGGUCUAGGAAGCGAGGACGCGGCGCAGAGGAGCCUGUGAGUGACCCCAUGUGGGAGAUUCGCCACAUCCUUCCUGACCUUGACCUCGCCAAUAACUCGGUGACAGAUGUGAAGGUCAACGUAGGAGAGAUCGCCUACCUGCCGUGCCGCUUCCCCCAGCUAUCCACCUUGCACCACGUGUCGUGGUUCAGGCGGUGGGACUGGCAUAUCCUCACUACAGGGGUCUACACGUACACGUCAGACCGCCGCUUCAACGUGCUGCACACCCAGGGCUCCGACGACUGGACCCUGCAACUGAAAUACGUACACAAGACGGACAACGGAACCUAUGAGUGUCAGAUGUACACACAGACGGGCGUGCUGUCCCAGUUCGUCAACCUACACGUGCACACGCCCCACGCCGCCAUCUUGGGGCCGCAGGAGCUUCACGUGCAAGAGGGAGACACCAUUACCCUUGUGUGCGUCAUUCAGCAGAGCAAGCCAGCCUUUGUGUUCUGGUACCACGGGGAGGGGAUGGUGAACUAUGACGACACAAGACAUCGCCUUGACGUCAACACUCAGGCUGAAGGCACCACCACGCAAUCCCGGCUCACCAUCACGGACGCCAGACAAACGGACUCCGGGAACUACUCCUGCAUCCCCCCUAACGUGGAGCCCGCCUUCGUGCUGGUCUUCGUCACGGAAAGAGGAGACACCGUGGCGGCAGUACAGCGGCGGGGCCAUUCCUCCGCCCCGCCCCUCCUCUGCCCAUCCUUCUACUCCUCCUCCACCUCCGGGCUGCUCCUCGCGGUGGUCGCCAAGGUCGUCCUCACCCACCUGCUCCCCGUCAGAUGAUUCCACGGCCUCGCCCCGCCAGGAAGCAAGACAAACAACAAAAACCCUUAGCCCUUUAGUCCCUCAAGUUUAGUGUAUAUUAUUACCUGUAUGUCUGUUUUCUUUGUUGGUAAUAUUAACAUACUGGUAAGGACAAUGACAACAAUAACAACAAAGAACAAUAACGUGAUGUAUCUAUAAACAGUCAGUCGCCAGGUGUAUUGAAGAUAUUGGAAAUGUAUAAAAAAAAGUAUCGUUUAUUCCUAUUUUUCAUCUUUUUCGUUUCUCUUUCAAGGUAUUUUUGAAUAAGGUCUCAAUAGGGAGCUUGCGGCUUUCUGGUGAGGUGGGUCACUGAUAUGUAAAUAUGCCCGGUGGCUUUGUGUUGAGUGGGUGGUAGCGGUGGUGGUGGUGGUGGUGGUGGUGGUUGUGGUGGUGGUGGCGGUGGUGGUGGUGCCUCGUCUGCAUAAUGUCGCCUUCACCCGCGCCAGUCCGCCCCUGAACCAAGUGACGCACCUCAUCAGUGUCUCCCUCACACCUACACAUGGUACAGGAUAGGGCAUAGACUCUCUCUCUCUCUCUCUCUCUCUCUCUCUCUCUCUCUCUCUCUCUCUCUCUCCCACAAAAUAUUCUACGCUUCUUAAAAUCACUACGCAAACUACUUUAGGAUUACCUUACAAAAUCUAAAUUAAUAUAUUCUCCCAGAGCUUUCAAGCAAAAUAAAAAAAAUAAAAAAACGCCGAUACGGGUGAUGGAGACACGACAAAGGUAAGCCUCAUCAUUUCUUUCCGACCAAAAAAUCAGCGAAGCGAAACAAAAGGCAAGAAAACUAAUGCAGGAUAAUCAGGGAGCAAUUACCUGUACCUUUGUUACCGGUAAAAUGGAGCGAGUCGUAAAGAAAAGCAAGCUUGCAAAACCAUAUCAAAGACCAUUAGUUAAUUACCAACUCACUCAGACCACGGCGUUGGCUGGAGUUUUGCCUCUUCAAGUUUGCAGCUAAGCCUUCAUAAUUCAACUGCAAGAGAAACCUACCCUCAAAUUUAUUCACUCAUCUCUCUGUCUCUCCUCUUCGUCUAUUACAGGUUGAAACAAGACAUCUUUUCUUACCUCUCUCUCUCUCUCUCUCUCUCUCUCUCUCUCUCUCUCUCUCUCUCUCUCUCUCUCUCUCUCUCUCUCUCUCUGUAUCCUUCAAUCAAUCUACUCAUCUCUGUCUCCUCUUCAUCUAUUACAGAUUAAAACAAGGUGACUCUUUUCUUAACUCUCCAUAUGCUGUAUCUUUUCUAUCUUCCUUCAUAAUAACAUUCACCAUUGCAAGAUAAAACUACCAUCAGGUAUAUCCACUCAUCUCUCUCUCUCUCUCUCUCUCUCUCUCUCUCUCUCAUCUAUUAGAGGCUAAAACAAGACAUAUUCUCUUACCUCUCUACCUACUUCUGUAUCUUUUUCUGCCUUCCUUUACAGUUACAUUCUUCUAAAGUUAAAAAGUAAAGGAUCUGUAAUUGACUUUGUUUCAAGGUAAAGCGAUAGUAACUCAUGGCAUCCCGCAAGGUGUGUUUUUGUCACCUGUGCUAUUUGUCGGCUGGUACUGUGAGACUUUCUAGUGUUAAUCAUGUUGUCCGGUAAUAAUAUUGAUAGUUUCCUAUCAAUCAAUUAGACAAUCAACUAAUCAAUUAAUCAGACACAAUCAUUCAGUCAGUCAGUCAAAACUCUGUCUGAAUGUUGCUGCAUUAACCCGUCAAUCAGUCAUUAAGUCAGUGAGUCAAUCAGCCAUCUAAUCAGUCAGUUGGCCAAUCGCAGAGCCUGUGACUAAAACAUUUACUCAACUAGUCAUGUUAGUUCUGUCAGUCACCGAGCCACUUCCUCAACAAGGCAGCUAGCUAGUCAGUCAGUUAGGCAGUCAGGGAGUCAGUCAGUUAAUUAGGCAGGCAGGCAGGGUGGGAGUAAGUCAGGGAGGAAGGAAGGAAGGAAGGAAGGAAGGAAGGAAGGAAGGAAGGAAGGAAGGAAGAAAGGCGAGGAGUAAGUCAGUCAGUCAGGCAGGCCGGGAGAUAGCAAGUCAGUCAGGCAAGCAGGCAGGCAGGCAGGCAGGCAGGCAGGGAGCAAGGGAGUCAGUCAGACUCCAAUACAACACCGUCAACAAGACAGCCAGCUAGGAAAGCUGGCUGUCUUGUUGACAGCCAGGGAGGAAAGGAGUAAGUUAGUCUGUUUCCCAUACAGUAAGACCGUUAACACUUGUGAACAAGGCGGGGUACUUAACCAGUCAGUCAGUCAGCCACGCACCCUCACCAAGACCACCACCACCACCACCCUCACCACCGCAAGUGCAAAAAUAACCUUGAAGAGACGUGAAGGAAGGCAGGGAGUGUAAGAAAAGCCGGGGAAAAAAGUGAAAACAAGAAGAAAACAAGCGAAAGAUUGACACGUGAAGGCCAGAAAAACACCAAAUCUUUAGAAAGCAACACAGAAGACUGGAUGAAAAUACUUCUUGACAAAAAAAGUGGAAGGAAAACCACUAACCGAACUACAUCUUCUCUCACGUAAGACACUAACGCAUUCCCUUCACGCCAUAAGGGAAAAACUUGGACACGCAGAAACUUAAUGAAAAAAAGUAAAUAAUAAUCUCACUCAACAGAAGGGGGAAACAAGGAAACUACAACCUCUUCUCUUGUAUCCAUACGUCACAAUCCUCCCGAACUUUUUACCAAACAAGGGAAACAAAAGAAAAAAAAACCUUGACCAAAUCCCCACCCAUAAUUCCUAAUCCCACGAAGAACACAAAGGGCACAAACAACACGGCACGUUUCCCCCGGCAUGUUUAUCAAAUCUCUUAAUCCCCACAACAUACGCGAGUCUCCCCUGCAAUGAAACAAAACAUCAAUAUCCCCGCACUCCGUUUUCUUUACACGUGCACUCCGCCGCGUGGGGAUUAAUUUACCAGCUCAAGGGUAUUUGGGAAGGCUGGCGCGUAAUGCAUUGAGGUACAGACAAUAAGCUGCAUGAUUAUCAUUAGAUAGCUCUGCCAAAACUGCACAUUGUAUAGUUUUGGAGGUGUUCUGUGGCUGCGCAUGGCGUUUUCUAUUGGUCAUGAUGCAUCGUAGUCUUUUAUAAUUGGUGAUGUGGUGCGUACGGCCACUAAGGAGCAUUUUAUGUUUUAUCUUCAAUCUGGUGAGUGUGUGAUGAUGUGUGGUGAUGUGUAGCGACGUGUGAUGGUGCUGCGGGUUUCGUGUCAAUAAGGUCGGUCAUGUGAUGUAUUCCCCCGGUGAUUUUCUCCACUAGGGUACUUUGUUGAUAGGUUGAUAGGCUGAAGAGAGUGUUAAGUCUGUUGUCUUCAUUAUUCUCUACUUCCUAUUCUUCUUUCUCCUUUGGACUCUGAACAAUCAAGUGUGCGCGUGGAGUUACUGUGCGUGUUUUUUUUUUGUAACGAUAACGCAUUUACGUAAAAAAACAAACAAAAAAAACAGAGGGAGUAGUGUAAAUAUACUAUACUGCCGGUGUGUGUGUGUGUGUGUGUGUGUGUGUGUGUGUGUGUGUGUGUGUGUGUGUGUGUGUGUGUUCAGGGUAUUAAAAAGCGUUCCCGGUUUGCUUUUUCAUAACAAUCAUCUCAGAGUUAUUAAAGAGAGAGAGAGAGAGAGAGAGAGAGAGAGAGAGAGAGAGAGAGAGAGAGAGAGAGAGUACAUACGUAAAUAAAAACCAAACAAGCAAGUGAACACACACACACACACACACACACACACACAAUAGCAAUUAACACCGCAACACCACGCCUCACUUUCCUCCAUCAUGUUCGCACCGAAAUGACGCCGCCAUCAACACGCUAAUGACGAAAACGAAGUACUAUUUUAUCACGCUCAAUGUUGACUCUACCCCUCCAUGAUACUGACUAUUUUAACGCCGCGCUUCCCAGGUAAACGCCACGUGAUCCCAGCGGCUCUGACAGGUAGAUUAAUUUGGUCCUCGUGACAGAUAAUGAAAACGGGAUGACAGGUGAGCGAGACUGCAAGGUGAGCGUGAAAAUGCACCGAGGUUCAGCACGAGAGGUAAUGAGUAACGUGAUGGACAGGUGUGAAAGUGAUUAUGACAGGUGCGUGUAAAAAUACUAACAGGUGAAUUCCCGAAGGUGAUUGAUAGGUGAGUGUGAUGUAUAGGAAAAUGGAUGUCGUGAAUGAGUGAUAAACUGACGGGUGAUAAGAAGGUGAUAGGUGAAUAUGACAGGUGAGAUGAGUGUGAGUUUAGGUAGUGACUCGAAAUCUUUAGUGUGAAUUAGUCGUGAUGGAAAGAUUUAAAGGGGAGUGACGGGAGGAGAGAAAGUGAGUGAAAGUAAAAGAAUAUGAUUCGAGAGAUUUGGAAGAUUAGGGAAUGAACGAAAGUAAAGGAAGAUAAAUAGGAAAGAGAACAAUACGAAGACAGAAAAUGAAGGAAAGACAAAGAAAGUAAGGAAAGUAAUCAAAGAAAAGUGAAUGAGUGAAAGAAAAAAAGAGCAGGAAUUUGAGAGAUUGAAAGCAGUCGGGGAAAAAGAAAAUAAAGAAGGAGAAUGAAGGAAAAUGAAAGGAAUUAAAGUAUAUAAAGAUUUUCAGGUUAGUUAUUAACGAUUUAGUCUUAACAGCAAGAUAACUUUGGUAAUAAAACACAUCCCAAAUACACGCAAUGGACACAUUAACACACACACACACACACACACACACACACACACACACACACCUGCCGUUUUGUAUGUUUGUUAACUCGUGUAUACUUGCUAUAAAAAAAAAGGUGUAUGUUUUUUUCUCCUCCCUGCACACAAUUAUAACACCUGGUAUGAUGCAAUAUCUCGCUCCCGUUUUCUUUUCCCGGGCUAUUGAGCGGUGACAAAAACAAACAGCAAAACACGACAAAAUACAGUAAAAAAAAAAAAAAAGGGUGCAGAUUGAGGCAUAAUAUAGAGAAAAAAAUAAAUAAUGAAGAUAUGUGUAUGAAAGAUGGUUAUAUGGUACUCCCUAUAUUUUUCCGGAAUGAGGGAGUUGUUUAUAUAGGUGUACAUUAAAGAUUACCAAAUGCAUAUAUAUAAAUAAAGGUGUUUAUAUAAG